GGGCUGGCGGAGCGGUGGCUUCAGCUCUCCUGUUGCUCAGGCCGCGGCGCGUCGACGACUGGACUCUGAUCCCGGGUCUGGGAGGAGUUGGAGAGGGUGUUCAUCCCCCUUCUCCGAGAUUCACGCACUUGGGAAAUAGGGCUAAUAAACGGAGAGGGGGUGGCUCGUUGUAAUAAUUUAAAGUCGUGAACAUAACCCUCUUAUAGGCUCUAUAGCCCCAACGUGACGCCUAAAAAGUUGAAUGGGAGAGAAGAGUAUUCGCUCCGCCUUAGUCCGCUAGAAGGCUGGCGUUGUCCUCCAGUUCCCUACCCUCGCACCCCCUCCCGAGGUAGUUAAUCCUCGGCUCCCUUCUACGAGGACAUUUACAUGUGAAAACCUCUCCAAACCGGGAACAAAGCUGCCUGCGGCCUUAAAGUUCUCUAGUUGUUUCUCUGAUCAUUCCAGGUGUUGCUUUUGGAGUGUAGAGUCCAUACAUCCUAUUUGUCAGAAUCGAUUUGGGAGGAGGAGACUUGGCUAUUGAUGAUUUAAAAUGCGGUUACAGAAUGGGAACUAUUGUCAUGGGUUGAGCUGUAUUGUCUUCCCUUUCCAAGUACCAAAGAUAAAGCAACAUUGAAAAAUCAAAUGUAGUAGUUCGAGAUGUGUGGAUGUGGCAUUAAAAACGUGCUGCAUCUCACAGAUUUUGUAGGUUUACUUGUAACAAUUAUGGUGCAAUAACUUUCCUUUAGAUUUGCGGUGCUAUAAUAUAUGGGACUCUCCAAUUACACUGCAGUUGAGACAAUUUAUUGCCAUAUAAGUUACCCUAAAAAUGAUUUUCUUCAAUUGAUGGGUAAAUAAAAUGCCCUAACUGCAGUAGUUGCAGCUGGUAAUGGAUAGUGUCUUGUAAAAGUUCAGUAGUGAUGAUUUUCAAAACAAUAAAAAUAAUAUGUCCUAGUUUUUGAUCGCCAGAGAAUUUGUGAUAAUGCUCCAACUAUUUCAGGGUUGGAAGUUGAUUGUUUUCUGAAGGUAAAAUUCACUGGAAUGUUGACUCCAGGCUCCAUGAGGGCAGGAAGUUUCUGUUCCUUUCCCUCCUUCUCUCCCAAUCAAAACAGGUGCCUUGCAAAUAAUUGUUGAAUGAGAAUUAAAACAAAUGGCACAACAGUAGUUAAAAUAUUUCAAGUACAUUUUUCUCCCAACAGUGAAUGUGUUUUUUAAAAAUUUAUUUCAGAAUCGGAAGAAUGAAUGUUUUUGAAGAAAGAAGAGGAUUUUUAGUUUAUUCUUAAGAUCAGAAGUAUUCCGAUUCAGGCGUUAUGGAAGUUGACAUCAAGCACAUUGUUAAGCAAACUCUUUUCGCUUAUGGAUAUGAAACCUCCCAUCUCUAGAGCCAAGAUGAUUCUCAUCACUAAAGCUGCUAUUAAAGCUAUUAAGCUUUAUAAGCAUGUAGUUCAAAUAGUAGAAAAGUUCAUCAAAAAGUGUAAACCAGAAUACAAGGUUCCAGGAUUAUAUGUAAUUGACUCAAUUGUGCGACAGUCUCGUCAUCAGUUUGGAACUGAUAAAGAUGUUUUUGGGCCAAGAUUCUCUAAAAACAUAACCGCCACAUUCCAAUAUUUAUAUCUUUGUCCAUCUGAAGAUAAGAGUAAAAUAGUUCGUGUGCUGAACCUUUGGCAAAAAAAUGGAGUGUUCAAAAUUGAAAUUAUUCAGCCUCUUUUGGACAUGGCAGCAGGAACUAGUAAUGCAGCCCCAGUAGCAGAAAGUGUUACCAAUAAUGAAGGCUCACCUCCACCUCCAGUAAAAGUUUCUUCUGAACCUCCCGCACAAGCCACUCCAAACUCCGUCCCAACUGUACCACAGUUGCCCAGCUCUGAUGCUUUUGCUGCUGUGGCUCAGCUGUUUCAGACAACUCAAGGCCAACAGCUUCAGCAGAUCCUUCAGACUUUUCAACAGCCUCCAAAACCACAGUCUCCUGCCCUUGACAAUGCUGUGAUGGCUCAGGUUCAGGCUAUCACAGCUCAGUUAAAGACAACUCCUACACAACCAUCUGAACAAAAAGCUGCUUUCCCCCCACCUGAACAGAAAACUGCAUUUGACAAGAAGUUGCUUGAUAGAUUUGACUAUGAUGAUGAGCCAGAAGCUGUGGAAGAAUCGAAGAAAGAGGAUACCACUGCCGUUGCCACAACAGUACCUGCUGCUGCUGUGCCCCCUGCACCUACCGCCACUGUGCCUGCUGCUGCUGCACCCGCUGCUGCCUCUCCUCCUCCUCCACAGGCACCAUUUGGCUUUCCUGGAGAUGGCAUGCAGCAGCCAGCAUACACACAAAAUAUGGAUCAGUUUCAGCCACGAAUGAUGGGAAUACAACAGGAUCCAAUGCACCAUCAGGUUCCACUUCCUCCUAAUGGACAAAUGCCAGGAUUUGGACUUCUUCCUACACCUCCAUUUCCUCCCAUGGCUCAGCCUGUGAUUCCUCCAACUCCACCAGUGCAACAGCCUUUCCAAGCUUCUUUUCAGGCACAGAAUGAACCACUUACACAGAAGCCACAUCAGCAGGAAAUGGAAGUAGAACAACCUUGUAUUCAAGACGUUAAGCGACAUAUGUCUGAUAACAGAAAGUCAAGAUCUAGGUCAGCAUCCAGGUCACCAAAAAGGAGGCGAUCUAGAUCUGGUUCUAGAUCUCGAAGGUCUCGUCAUCGACGUUCUCGAUCUCGGUCCAGGGAUAGACGCCGACAUUCUCCUCGAUCUCGAUCCCAAGAAAGACGGGAUCGAGAAAAAGAGAGAGAACGUCGACAAAAAGGCCUCCCUCAAGUGAAACCAGAAACUGCAAGUGUUUGCAGUACUACCCUCUGGGUGGGACAGCUGGACAAAAGAACUACUCAGCAGGAUGUUGCCAGUCUCUUGGAAGAGUUUGGUCCAAUUGAAUCAAUUAAUAUGAUUCCUCCCAGGGGUUGUGCCUAUAUUGUUAUGGUUCAUAGGCAAGAUGCGUAUCGUGCCCUGCAGAAACUGAGCCGAGGAAACUAUAAAGUGAACCAGAAAUCCAUAAAGAUUGCCUGGGCCUUAAACAAAGGAAUAAAGGCAGAUUAUAAGCAGUAUUGGGAUGUAGAACUUGGUGUUACUUAUAUUCCAUGGGACAAAGUCAAGCCUGAGGAACUGGAGAGUUUUUGUGAAGGAGGAAUGUUGGACAGUGACACACUUAACCCAGAUUGGAAAGGAAUUCCUAAGAAGCCUGAAAAUGAAGUUGCUCAAAAUGGAGGUGCUGAAACCUCACACACAGAACCAGUAUCACCCAUACCUAAACCGUUACCUGUGCCUGUCCCUCCUAUUCCUGUUCCUGCACCUAUAACAGUGCCCCCUCCACAGGUCCCACCACAUCAACCAGGUCCACCUGUAGUUGGUGCUCUCCAGCCACCUGCUUUCACGCCACCUCUGGGAAUUCCACCUCCAGGCUUUGGUCCUGGUGUUCCUCCUCCCCCUCCUCCUCCACCAUUUUUGCGCCCAGGAUUCAACCCAAUGCAUUUACCACCAGGUUUUCUUCCUCCUGGACCCCCACCUCCUAUAACUCCACCAGUAUCCAUUCCUCCUCCUCACACUCCACCAAUAAGCAUCCCAAACUCUACUAUCGCUGGUAUAAAUGAAGACACUACAAAAGACUUAUCUAUUGGAAAUCCCAUUCCAACAGUGGUGUCUGGGGCUAGAGGAAACGCCGAGUCUGGUGACAGUGUGAAAAUGUAUGGCUCUGCUGUGCCACCUGCUGCACCCACGAAUCUGCCCACCCCUCCUGUAACCCAGCCUGUUUCACUUCUUGGCACUCAAGGAGUUGCCCCUGGUCCUGUAAUUGGACUUCAGGCACCAUCUACUGGUCUUCUUGGCGCCCGGCCCGGUCUCAUCCCACUCCAGCGCCCUCCGGGAAUGCCCCCACCGCACUUACAGCGGUUCCCUUUGAUGCCGCCCCGUCCCAUGCCACCGCACAUGAUGCACAGAGGCCCGCCGCCAGGACCAGGGGGCUUUGCGAUGCCCCCACCUCAUGGAAUGAAAGGUCCCUUCCCACCACAUGGCCCGUUCGUUAGGCCUGGUGGAAUGCCAGGGCUCGGGGGCCCAGGGCCAGGCCCAGGGGGUCCUGAAGACAGAGACGGAAGGCAACAGCCGCCGCAACAGCAGCAGCAGCAGCAGCAGCAGCAGCAGCAGCCGCCGCAGCCGCAGCCGCCCCAGCAACAGCAGCAGCAGCAGCAGCAGCCGCCAUCACAACAGCCUCCACCAACACAGCAGCAGACACAGCAGUUUAGAAAUGAUAACAGACAGCAGUUCAAUUCAGGUAGAGACCAAGAAAGGUUUGGAAGAAGAUCUUUCGGAAAUAGGGUGGAAAAUGACCGGGAACGGUAUGGGAACCGUAAUGAUGAUAGAGAUAAUAGUAACCGUGACAGGAGAGAGUGGGGAAGGAGGAGCCCUGACCGGGACAGGCACAGAGACUUGGAAGAGAGAAAUAGACGCUCUAGUGGGCAUCGAGACAGAGAGAGAGAUUCUAGAGAUAGAGAGUCUCGUAGAGAGAAGGAAGAAGCACGAGGAAAGGAAAAGCCUGAGGUGACAGACAGGGCAGGUGGUAACAAAACCGUUGAACCUCCCAUUAGCCAAGUGGGAAAUGUAGACACUGCUUCAGAACUUGAGAAGGGGGAGUCUGAGGCUGCAGUCCUAAAGCCUUCUGAAGAGUUACCUGCUGAGGCUACCUCAUCCGUUGAACCCGAAAAGGAUUCUGGCUCAGCAGCAGAGGCUCCUCGUUAAGAGACUGGAAUUUGUGAAAAUGUGACAGUGACACUUCCUGGAGUGUAGAGCUUGAGGUGUACAGAUGCUGUAUUAUAUCCGCUCCCGCUGUACUGCAGCCCCGCGCCAGCUGGUGGGGAACUGUAAGCAAUUUGAUUGCUUCCCUUCUAUUUAAAAAUAGCCACAAAAUAACAAAAAAUACUGAAAAUAUGAAUAAAUAUUACCCUUUUUGCUGUAACUUUUUAAAAGUUUUGACUUUAAAAAGUUUACAAAUCGUAAUUAGAAGUGCUCUCUAUUUUUUUUUUUUUUUAAUUUAAGACAAGGUAACGGUGAAAGCUCCUCAAAACAAUAGGGAUGUUUUUAAUAAACUCUAUUUUCGUAACAAACUUUAAUGUGUGCUAUUCUUCCUACACUGCAUUAAGGUGGAAAAGGAUUGUUCACCAUCAAAGUUUGAGCUGUUAAUACUGUAUUGGAGUCUAAAUUAGACUUAUUUGAUGAAAAUCGACAUUUUAUGUAGUUAUUCUCACUUUCAUAUGUAAUACUUUUGAAUUUUAGUGUUUCAGUCAUAAGGUAAAGGUUAGUUGUUUUAAUGUCAAUUGAAAAGCUGUGUU